AUGGCAACCGGCGCCUUCUACGCGGCCCAGACACUUCGCCAGCUGGUCGACGAUCACGGCGGUGUGCCGGGCAUCCAAGCGCGUGACUGGCCACUUAUGCCUGUCCAUGGCUCUAUCGAGGGCUUCUACGGCAUCCCGUGGCCUCACGAGGCACGUCUCGAUCAGCUCGUCUUCUACGACAAGCACAAGAUGUGGCGUGAGCUAUACGAGGGUGACGAUCUCGACAAGCUCCAGCAGCUCGUCGACACGGCCAAUGCCAACCAUGUGGCGGUGGUGACCAGAGAAGAUCACCGUGGCAGAAGGCUAUAG